GAAGAAAUGGCAGACACUAGGUGUAUUUCAGUCCGUAUUCAGAAGAAAAUCAAAGAGUUUCUAAAGAGUAGAUUGAGCAACAAUCUGAGAACAAUAGAGUUAAAUAAGGAAGGAGAAGAGAAAGAGUUUCAAAAGAAUUUCGAAAUAAUCCAGGAGCUUGGAAAGGGUUCUUUUGGGAUUGUAUAUAAAGUUAAGUCAAAAUCCCCAGAUGGAAAAUUUUACGCGUUAAAAUAAGAUAUAAAAUGCUCUAGUAACACUGAAAGUUUUCUAAAUGAGGCUAUUAACCAUCGAAAAGUCUCUCAUCCUAACAUCAUAAAGUGAUAUUCUUCCUUUAUUGAUAACUCAAAUAAUAUGAAUCUUCUCCUAGAAUAUGCUGCUGGUAAAGAUCUACUACAGCUGAUCCAGGAAAGAAAGCGAACGAAGAGGUUUCUACCUGAGAAGAUAAUCUGGGAGUAUGCCUGGCAGCUUUGCUGUGCAGUCCUUCAUAUUCACGCUAAGGAUAUCAUCCAUAGAGAUAUAAAGGCCACUAACAUCCUUCUGUCUCAAGCUGAAGAUAACCCUGAGAAAUUUGUGAUCAAAUUAGCUGAUCUUGGAGAAUCCAGCAAACUUAGCACAGAAAAGUACCUCAAAGGCAAAUAAAGUUGGCACUCCUUUGUUCUUGGCUCCUGAAGUUAUCAAGCAUGAUAAUUAUGAUCAUAGAGUCGAUGUAUGGGCAAUAGGAUGUGUCCUAUACCAUCUUGCAGCCCUAUGACCUCCCUUUGCAUGAUCAAAUUAUGAGACUUUAAUGAAUGCUAUUCGAUACAAAAAUCCAAAACCUUUGGGGCUAUUCUCAAAGAAGUUGUCCAAUUUUAUCAGGAAGAUGCUCGAAAAGCAGAAAGUCAAGAGGCCUUUCAUUAUAGACCUAUUUUCAAUGUUUCCAAAGGGGUUUAGCUUAACAAGAGAAAUAGAUAUCGAAAACUAUGAUAAACUCAAGCUUAAAGAAAGUAACCUCAUUUCUAAAAAUGACCGAGAUUCUUGCAAGCACAAGAUCAAUUUAGAGUUCAGCGCAAUGAUCAGUCGUCAACUGAAAUCAAAAGAGCAUCUAAAUAAGGUUCUAUUUCUAGAAAAUAGAAAAAUAAGACCAAGAAAUGUUCUAAAGCCUCAGAAAACACUAAAAGUGAUUCCAAAUAAGACUGUAAACAGCUCCCAACUAAUAUCAGGAAAAACAGUUCCGUACAAUGAACAGAAAGUUUUUACAAAGAAGCUGACCUCUCCUGAUUUUCAUACGCCAAAAAUGGUGUCCAAAAGAGAAGAAUACAGGAAAGGGGCUCCCAAUAACAAUGAGUUGCACCAUAUAAAAUAUAACCCAAGGAGUGAGUCUCCUUCAAGAAUUUACAACCUAAAAAACUUAGAUGCUAAUAAUAGAGACUGUAUUCCAGAUUACUACCAGUCGAAAAAGUCUGAAGGAUUUCCAGAAGUCAUGAAGGGGCCAAGUGUUUCAACGAGAAAGAAAAGAUUAGAGUUAAAGCGAACUUGGGAAGACAAAGAGUGAAGAGAAGCUGUUCUUCCAGAUAUGCAACCAUGCCCAUAUUUUCAACCUAUAGUGACAGAGCGAAGAACCUUGAGAUUUGCACAUUCAGGCACAAACUUGGUGUUUAAUAAAUCAAUCUCUUGCAGAAGGGAAAAAGAGAAAUUGAAGUCAUCGAAGAAUACACAUUUGGCUUUAGAAGUUCAAUCAAAAGAACAGAAGUCAGGACAGAGUACCUUCCAAGGCUUCAAAACCACCUCCCAAUUCCCUCCUUCCCUCCCCCUCCACCAACCCCCCAGAUCCUUCCUCACCACUACCACUAUUCCCCUCAGUCCCUUCUACCAAACCCCAAAAGAUCCCCACUCCCCCAGCUAAGCCACUCUAAAAAUCCAGAAAUCUCUUCGUAAAAUGUUC